ACAGCAACCCAGACCCCUUACCCCUCUACCCACACCCUUCUCACAACGGCUCAGCAGCAGCGACACCGGCUCAGCAACGGCACACAGUGGCGAUCAACACAGCAGCGACACCAACGGCGUUCAACACAGCGGCACACAGCGGCACACAACGGCUCACCAAGCUCAGCCCAGCAGGCAGUAUUCUUGAUAGGGCUAUUGAAGCAGAGGACAGGAAGCAUGGAGACUUUCUGAGGCUGGAACACAUUGAGGGGUACCUUGAACUGUCGGCCAAGACGAAGUCUUUUUUUACUACAGUUGUUGCUUUGUGGGAUGCGGAUUUCUAUGUUAAAUAUAGCUUGCUCUUGUGGAAGGCCUGA